AUGGGCGGGUGGGCAAUCGCUGUGCACGGCGGCGCUGGUGUGGAUCCCAAUCUCCCGAUGGAGCGUCAGGAACAGGCCAAACAACUCCUCACUCGCUGCCUCAAUCUCGGCAUCUCUGCUCUUCGUUCCGAUCUCGCCGCCAUUGAUGUUGUUGAGCUUGUUGUGAGGGAAUUGGAAACCGACCCCUUUUUCAACUCCGGCCGUGGAUCGGCCCUCACUGAGAAAGGGACGGUGGAGAUGGAAGCCAGCAUCAUGGAUGGGCCCAAGAGACGAUGCGGCGCCGUAUCGGGCUUGACCACCGUUAAGAACCCGAUCUCGCUGGCACGUCUCGUCAUGGACAAAUCCCCUCAUUCCUACCUCGCCUUCUCCGGCGCCGAAGACUUCGCCCGGCAACAGGGAGUUGAGCUUGUGGAAAAUGAAUAUUUCAUCACUGAGGAAAAUGUGGGCAUGCUCAAGCUGGCUAAGGAAGCCAACACCAUCUUGUUUGAUUACAGGAUCCCACUUGGAAUGGAGAGUUGCAGCUCGGGUGUGGAGAGCCCGUUGCACAUGAACGGGCUCCCCAUCAGCGUGUAUGCCCCUGAAACUGUCGGUUGCGUGGUGGUGGACAACCAGGGGCGCUGCGCUGCAGCCACGUCCACUGGUGGGCUCAUGAACAAAAUGACGGGCCGCAUUGGCGACUCACCCCUGAUUGGUGCUGGCACCUAUGCGGGUGACUUGUGCGGGGUCUCGUGCACGGGAGAGGGCGAGGCCAUCAUUCGCGGUACAUUGGCGCGUGAGGUGGCAGCUGUGAUGGAAUACAAGGGCCUGGGCCUACAGGAGGCUGUGGACUUUGUGAUUAAAGAGAGGCUUGAUGAUGGGAAGGCCGGGCUCAUAGCGGUGUCCAACAAAGGGGAAGUGGCAUGCGGGUUUAAUUGUACUGGGAUGUUUAGGGGCUGUGCAACUGAGGAUGGGUUCAUGGAGGUUGGGAUUUGGGAGCAGUGA